AUGGAUGCCCAAUCUGUAUAUUCCACGCACGUCUAUGAGCCUAGCACCGCGGAAACUGGCGAUACCAGACAACAAAUCCUUACGCAGCUCGAGACUUUUAUUCUUGACUUCCGUCUCGACAACAACUUUGUCUAUCGUGAUCAACUUCGUGAAAAUGCUCUUCUGCAAAAAUACUACUGUGAUGUCAACGUCACCGAUCUCAUUAAUUUCAACGAAGAGCUUGCGCACAAGCUCGCCUCUGAACCAGCAGAGAUCAUUCCUCUUUUUGAAACCGCUCUGAAGAAGUGCUCUCGCAGGAUUCUCUUCCCCCACGAACGUGACAUCAAGCUCCCCGACCACCAGCUGUUGCUUCACUCCGACGCCGAGGAUGUUUCCAUCCGUAACCUCGACUCCAUGACGAUUGCUCGGCUGGUACGAGUUCCUGGAAUUGUCAUUGGCGCUUCUGUCAUGUCAUCUAAGGCCACAGAACUGCAAUUGCAGUGCCGAAAUUGCCAGCACUCGGAGACCAUUCCUGUCCUCGGUGGCUUCACCGGUGUCGCCCUCCCUCGCCAGUGCUCCCGCAAGAGAAUUCCAAAUGACCCGACGCCCAAGUGUCCUCUUGACCCAUACUAUGUUAUGCACGAAAAGUCAACUUUUGUUGACCAGCAAGUUAUCAAGUUACAGGAGGCACCAGACCAGGUUCCCGUCGGUGAACUACCCCGACAUGUGCUCAUAUCAGCAGACCGAUAUCUCACCAACCGAGUUGUACCCGGCUCACGAUGCACAAUCAUGGGCAUCUUCUCCAUUUACCAGAGCAAGGGCUCAAAAAAUUCCGCCACGGGUGGCGCUGUCGCCAUUCGCACACCCUACCUGCGCGCGGUAGGCAUUCAGACCAGCUCUGACCAAUUGAAGGGAUAUACCAGCUAUACGGAAGAGGAGGAGCAAGAAUUUCUGGAGAUGAGCCGUCGUCCAGAUAUAUACAAUGUCAUGGCCGAGUGCAUCGCGCCAUCCAUCUAUGGAAACAAAGAUAUAAAGAAAGCAAUUCUUUGCCUGCUGCUCGGAGGCUCUAAGAAGCUGCUGCCUGAUGGAGCUAAGCUCAGAGGUGAUAUCAACGUGCUUCUGCUUGGUGAUCCGGGUACAGCUAAGUCGCAGCUGCUGAAGUUUGUUAGCAACGUUGCUCCUAUCUCCAUCUAUACAUCUGGCAAGGGCUCAUCCGCCGCUGGUCUUACCGCCUCUGUGCAGCGCGAUCAGUCAACGCGUGAAUUCUACCUCGAAGGUGGUGCCAUGGUGCUCGCUGACGGUGGUGUGGUCUGCAUCGAUGAGUUCGACAAAAUGCGCGACGAGGAUCGUGUUGCCAUCCAUGAAGCUAUGGAGCAGCAGACCAUUUCGAUUGCCAAGGCUGGUAUCACAACCAUUUUGAACGCUAGAACUUCGGUCUUGGCCGCCGCAAACCCCAUCUUUGGUCGUUACGACGACAUGAAGACUCCCGGAGAGAAUAUUGACUUCCAGACGACCAUCCUGUCUCGUUUCGAUAUGAUUUUCAUUGUAAAAGACGAACAUAGCAGAGAAAAGGAUGUCAAUAUUGCCAAGCAUGUCAUGGGCAUUCACAUGGAUAAUCGCGGUCUUGAAGAAGUCGCCGAGUCGGAAAUCUCAGUGGAUAAGAUGAGAAGAUAUAUCUCCUACUGCAGAAGCCGCUGUGCCCCUCGUCUCAGCCCAGCUGCGGCCGAGAAACUAUCUUCGCACUUCGUAUCCAUCCGUCGCCAGGUUCACGCUGCCGAGAUCGAGGCUGACCAGCGUUCAUCCAUCCCUAUCACCGUUCGUCAGCUGGAGGCCAUUGUUCGCAUCACUGAGUCUCUGUCUAAGCUGACGCUGUCGCCCAUUGCCACCGAGGCGCAUGUUGACGAGGCCAUCCGUCUCUUCCUUUGUUCGACCAUGGAUGCCGUUAACCAGGGCAGCAACCAAGGUAGCCGCGAGCUCAACGACGAAGUCAACCGCGUUGAAGCAGAGCUGAAACGCCGCCUGCCCAUUGGCUGGAGCACCAGCCUCGCCACGCUGCGACGCGAGAUGGUCGAGGGCAAGGGCUACAGCGAGCAGGCGUUGAACAGAGCCCUCAUGUACAUGGAGAGGAGGGAUACGAUCGUUUUUAGGAACCAGGGUGCCCAGGUUCACCGCAAUGGUGCUUGA